AUGUCAAGCGGAAGGAAAAGUCGAGGCCGUCAAAAGAUCGAAAUGAAAAAGAUGAGCAACGAGAGUAACCUGCAAGUGACUUUCUCAAGACGUCGUAGCGGACUCUUCAAGAAAGCUAGUGAACUUUGCACCCUAUGUGAUGCAGAAAUCGCUCUUGUUGUAUUCUCACCAACUGAAAAGGUAUUUUCUUUUGGUCACCCUAAUAUUGAUUUAGUCAUAGAUCGAUAUCUCUCUCGAGUUCCACCCGAAAACAAUGACACCAUGAAAUUCAUUGAGGCUCGUCGUAGAGCUAAUGCGUGUGAUCUCAAUGCUAAGCUGGCUCAAAUCAACAACACACUAGAUGUUGAAAAGAUUCUUGGUGCUGAAUUAAGCCAUAUGUGCAAAGCGGCUAAGGCUCGGUUUUGGGGGACUUGUUCAAUUGAUAGGAUGAAUUGGGCUCAACUUGAAAUAUUCAAGAAGGCUUUGGAGGAGCUUAAGAAUCUUGUUUCACAACAAGGUGAUAGGCGUGUAAUUCAUGAUACUUCUACUCCAACUCUUCCAUUUUAUGUUGACAAUGCUUCAUCCUCUAGCAUCCCUUUCCAGCACCAAUUAAUUCCUAAACAAUGUCAAAUGUUUUCACCACAAUAUUUUUAG